CGUGUUAAUUUUUGCUUUUUGGCACCGAAAGAUCCUGAAGAAAGUCUUCUGAAGGACGUUCAGAUUGAAUCUGAGAUCGGAGAUGAAGAGAAACAAGUUCUUAAAAAUGUUGGAAAAUUGGAAAGAUUCAUAGUCGACCAAAUAAGAAAAUUAAUUGACGAUGAUUUAGUGUUUCCUAGCUAUUAUUCAAUUGAAUUGUGA